AUGUCUUCCGACUCUUCGAUUAACUCCUCUUCCAACCAAAUUCUUCUAGAGGAUUGUCGUGACCCUUCGGAGCCAAGCUCCUCUUCGUCGAGCUCUUCUCAGACAGCAAACAAUCCACCGACUCUAACUCGGAAGAAUUCUAGAUUAAUAGGAGCUAGUAGCAGCCGACCUCAACCGAGACUAGAGGCACCUGAACAGCUAACAACUGAACUCUGUGAGACCGGAGCUCGGGUGGGGUUAGAUGUUGAAGACGGUGAUCAUGAGAUCGAGGAGGUCGCUGAGUCCGAGAGGAGGACUCUUGAAGGAAACGAUGCCGAAGUCAACGAUACCAAAGACAAUCUUGACUCGGUGAACGCCGCAUUGCCACCGAUGCCAAAGCGAAAGGUUGUUCACCCUCACGACGUGCCUGCUUCUUCUCUUUUUCCAGCGACCAUUCGAGCCGUUCUUGAGGCCCACGGACUCACAGAUAGCACUGUUUUCAUCACCCCAGACGUCGGAGAUCGUCCAUGGGACGUUCUCGAGGGCUUCCUCUGCAUAUAUCUGGCCUAUUUCAUGCAAUACGGGCUCACCUCUCCGAUUCCUUCCCGUCUUCUUGGUUAUUGCAACCGGCAAGGCGUAGCUCUCACUCAAAUGAUGCCGGCGUCAGUGACGAACUACAUGGGCUUCCGAACUCUGUGCACCGAGCUCAAUGAGGAUCCAACUAGCCGGCUUUUUGAAGACCUUUUCUCGGUUAAUCUUCACGCGUCAAAGGAUUGGUACUUUGCGGCGAACGCCAAACCAAGGAAAGACAUCGUCACCGAGAUCAAACCUAGUCGUCACCUUCCAAGCCUUUUACUCAAUUCCGGGCUCACUCCCGAAUUCCAAGCAGCUUUCAGUGAAGCCGGUAAACGUCGUUGGCCUGAAGCUUGGGAAGAGAUACUUCAACGCCGAGCUAAGAAAUCAGCUUCUGUUAGGGAACCAAAGCCUUUGAAGCCAAAGAGCCGAGCUAAAAAGCCUCGACUUGCUCCUAAACGGAAAGCACCAAAGCCACGAGCUAGAAGAACUCAGACUUCCAACAUGAUCUCGCUUACCGAGAUCCUUAGCUUGUUUGAUGAGGAGGAGCCGAACGAUGCGGUUCCAGACCCCGUCCCUACUAUCGAAGGGAUCAAAGAGCAGCCCGAUGAAUUGCCGCCGGCCAUGAACUCACCUGAUCAAGCCGGUCAAAAGAAACUGAAGAAGAAGAAGACCUCAAAGAAAAUCAAGAGGAUUAAAGGUUCUUCUCGGGCCCAAGAUGCUGCCGCCGAGCUCAAUCCUCCGAUUCCUGCGACAUCGGACCUCGCGAUUCCUCGGGAUCAGCUUGAAAUAGGCAAGAGAGAGACUGUGCUGAGCACUCUCUGGAGCCAGAGCCGGCUAAGAGGUCCCUUUUGA